ACAAUGUUCUGAUCGAUCUGAUAAAGAAGUGACGUCAUAAAAUCGUUUUCUUGGAAAGUGAUACUAACAAUAGUUCCCUUCAGGGGUUUCAGUUUCUUCGAAAAGAGUUAAACGCGCACAAGCAGAUAGCAGAGGUGCCAGUAUUGUUAUCAGCAACAAAAGAUUUGUUUCCUUGAGGGCUUCCUUCAAAGUGUGUUUGAAAACAGCCACACAGGUUGAAACCCUACCUUCCCACAAGUCUUUAUCUUGAUGCCUUGGUCAGCAGCCCAACAGAAUAGGCUCGCUGUGGAGAAAAGUUUGUUGGAAAGCUAUUUCCGCAACAGGGUGACGUGGAUUGAUCCCGGCCACGAAACGAAAGUCGAAGUUCGUGUUACAUGCUCCAACGACAAGCAAUACACACUAAGAAUGUAUCUGCCUUCUGACUUUCCCAAUUCUUGUCCCCACUUGGUGGUCAAAACGUCGUCGAAAUUGAGAGCACGCAAUGGAUUCCUUCUGGAGGAAUAUCCCGGCGACAAUCAUUUGGGCUAUACAAUAGAUGGCUACACCGGUAUCUGCCAUUUCAGGCCAAACUUGUGGAAGGGCGAGAAUACUUUGUACCAGGUGUUCAUGAAAGGAUUAAUAUGGCUGGAGGCGUACGAGGCACAUCUUCGUACUGGGCAACCCUUGAGUCAAUACUUGGUCGAGAUGCAAAGGAAACAACGUUCAAGAAAUCCGAGGAAAAAAUUGGAAUAAUUCCAAACUUCACAGCAGCUCCACUGACGUAACAACGUCAUCAUUUCUCGGAAAGAAAGGAAGAUCAACACUUUACAAACUUUGAGACAUAAAUCUGCGACAUGCAUCUUUUAACAACCAUUCAUGCACUUAGGUGGAUUUCUUGACAAUAUAUUAAGAAAUACCAAUAGGUUAGUAGGUUUAUAGCAUAAUUCAGUCGUAAAAAUAAGUUAAGUAACGGUCUCCUUCCAACACUUAAAGUUAAGUGUGGAUCUAAAUUAACUUAAGGGGAAUAAAUAACCAAGAGUCAUCUCUUGAACUGAUGCUGUAGUAAUUAACGACACAAAAGAGUGUCUCAGCCUCGUCUACGGCACCGUUAUCCGAAUAGGUCAAAGAACACAGUACCCAAACAUUUGGAAUGUUGUCGUUCGAUUUACAGCACAAUAAACCUCACAAAUAUACUAGAUUUUCUUUAAGGCGAUAAUUUUCAGUAACACCUGACUUUGCAAAAUAAAGAAUUUGUCACUAUAGCAGCCAUUGCUAAGCUGAGUUGCUGGAACCGGCGUGCAAGCAUACGAGCCCAAGUCAGUUCUCGGAACUACUUUCACGGAACAGUUUACUGUUUGACAAACAUAUUUACUUUUAGCUGCUGUUUUCCCUAGACUCACUAUCGAUGCAUAUUGUGGCAGGAUAAUACUGCAAUUUACAUGUAAUGAUUUUAUUUUAAACCAUACCUCAAGAGUCAUCUAUUUGGCUGAAAAGUUAAAUGAAGUAUUACAACAAGAGAAUCAAAUUACUGAUGCCUAUCAUAGACAUUUACAACAGAACAUUUUGUUAUUUUUCGGUCUUGGACUUGAACUUGCUUUCAAUGGAGGUUGACAUACGGGUGAAUAUUAUUAAAAGAGAUUAAUUUAA